CAGUUGCAUUUGGGCCGAGGGCGCGUUCGGUUCUAAGCCCUAGCUAGUUCUCGAUUCGAUUCCAUAUAGAGAAUAAGAAUAAUUAUUGUUAAGGAAAAGAAACAUGACGGACAAUAAGGCAUUUACGCCGGAUACGGCCGCCGCUGAACCGAAUUCGGCGCGGCCUUCGAAUGCGAGCUCAAAGCAAGAAGCCUUGCCGCCCGCCUACAGCAGCACAGUCGACAGUCUGAAGGACUUCAACUCCAAAGCCAACUUGACGGAAAAGGAUCAACUGGAGGAGGGCGACUACCAUCCGUUCGAUCAUCGCGAUCCAAAUGGCGCCAGCUCUGGCGGCGCGUUGGCCCAUCUCCUCAAGAGUUCCCUGGGUACUGGCAUCCUGGCCAUGCCCAUGGCUUUUCACAAUUCCGGUUUGCUCUUUGGCGGCAUCAUGACUCUCGUCGUCGGCUUUCUCUGCACGCACUGUGUGCAUAUUCUGGUAGCAACUUCUCACAAGAUUUGUCGCGAUGCCAAGGUUCCAGCUCUGGGCUUUGCAGAGACUGCUGAAAAGGUGUUCGAAUAUGGACCUAAAGCUCUAAGACCCUAUUCCAAUUUCGCCAAGCAAUUUGUGGAUAUUGGCCUGAUGGCUACCUAUUAUGCCGCCGCCUGUGUCUACAUGGUCUUCAUAGCGACCUCGUUUCAUGACGUCAUCAACUAUGAUGUGGGCCUCAACUGGGACGUGCGCAUCUACAUAGCCAUGACGGUGAUACCCUGCCUGCUGAUUGGCCAGAUCCGAAACCUGAAGUGGCUGGUGCCCUUCUCCCUGAUGGCGAACGUGUUCAUUGUUGUCACCUUUGUCAUUACACUGUACUACAUGUUCGACCAGGAGCUCGACUUGAGUGAUAAGCCGCUGAUUGCGCCAGCUGCCCAUAUUCCCCUCUUCUUUGCCACUGUCAUCUUUGCCAUGGAAGGCAUCGGCGUCGUGAUGCCCGUGGAGAACUCGAUGAGAAAGCCACAGCAGUUCCUUGGCUGUCCCGGCGUGCUCAACACGGCCAUGAUUACGGUCGUGGUGCUCUACGCCAUCAUUGGCUUCUUCGGCUAUGUCAGAUUUGGAGACGAAGUGCGAGGCAGCAUCACGCUGAAUCUGCCCGAUGGCAGCUGGCUGGGUGACACGGCCAAGCUGCUCAUGGCCGUGGCUAUACUCUUCACCUAUGGCCUGCAGUUCUACGUGCCCAAUGAAGUUCUCUGGCGCAAGAUCCAGCACAAGUUCCGACCGGAGAAGCACAACAUAACGCAAAUUCUGCUGCGCACUGGCAUCAUCCUGGUCAGCGGAGGCAUUGCAGCAGGCAUUCCCAAUCUGGAGCCAUUCAUCAGUCUCGUGGGCGCCGUCUUCUUUUCGCUGCUGGGCAUCUUUGUGCCCAGCUUCGUGGAGACCGUGUACCUGUGGCCCGAUCGUCUGGGCUGGUGCAAAUGGAAGCUUAUCAAGAACAUAUUGUUGGGAGUUUUCUCGAUCCUGGCGCUUGUCGCCGGCGCAGCAGCCUCCAUCGAUGAGAUAAUCAAUCCCAAGCAGGAGUAGUGGCAUGUGCUGUCACAGCACCUGAGUAGUAUUAAAGAGAUGCAGGUGCAUCCAGUGACGGGCGAGUGUAUAUGACUAAGAGCAGCAGUCACACACACACACACACACACACACACACACACACACAGACACACACACACACACAACAAGAGACACGUAGACCCAACCCCCAAUGGCCAUGUUGAACAUGGCUAAGCAGCUGCCGGACUGCUGGACUGCAUUGUAAAGUUGAUAUUAAUUGUUAAGCCCUAACACAGAUUUCGCACAUAUAUGUUUGUCUUAUGUGUGCCUAGUAAGUACCUGUAUCUAACUGUUAUGCAUCCUUAUACACAUAUAAACAGAUAUACCUACAUGUGUAUGUAUAUUUGUAUCUUAAGUAAUGCCCAAUCCAUAGAAUUUAUAAUCGUAUUCAAUAAGUUUAAAAGUCUUCUUUUAUACGCGUUAAAUAAAAUGAAAUUGUUGAAAUGUAUAAA